UUGAAAAAUAGCCAUUGGAAGCGGCCGCAAUGGACCAAUUAAGGAAUUCAAUUGAAUUAAUUACCCCACACCCUCUGAAUUAUUGAACCGUCCACUAGAAUAAUAUCAAGAUGCGGGAGAUAUCCACCCUGAUCCCCACAUGCCUGGGGGUCUGAGUUUCCCAGAAGCUCUAAUUUUGGACCGACCAAACUGAGAGAUGUGAAUCACAGACUGCAUCUACUUUUCUUCCUAAUUUAAUUUAAAAAAAAAAAGCGAAAAUGUCGUUCUUAUCGAACCUGAAGAAGGCGUUCCACUUCGGUGGAAACGACGCCAAAAAGAAGAAGUUGUACAACAACAUUAAAAUGGACUGUGAUCCAACGGAAUUUUGGGACAUGAUUGGAGAGCUUGGAGAUGGCGCUUUCGGCAAGGUCUACAAGGCCCAGAACAAGCAGACGCAGCAGCUGGCUGCUGCCAAGAUGUGUGCACUAGAGGGUGAAGACGAUCUGAGCGACUUCAUGAUUGAAAUUGACAUUCUCUCUGAGUUCAAGCAUCCCAAUGUAGUGGAAUUGCACGAGGCUUACUUCGACGAUGGCAAACUUUGGAUGCUGAUUGAGUAUUGCGAUGGUGGGGCUGUUGACUCCAUAAUGGUGGAGCUGGAGAAACCACUGACUGAGUCGCAGAUUGCUUACGUUUGCCAACAGAUGACUGAGGGACUGGCGUUUUUGCACAAGGCCAGGGUCAUUCACAGGGAUCUCAAGGCGGGAAAUGUUUUACUUACUAUGGCUGGUGGAGUUAAGCUGGCCGAUUUUGGAGUAUCAGCGAAGAACAAACACACCCUCCAGAAGCAUGACACAUUCAUUGGCACUCCAUACUGGAUGGCGCCGGAAGUUGUCCUGUGCGAAACAUUCAGAGACAAUCCUUACGAUUUCAAGGUGGACAUUUGGUCCCUAGGAAUAACUCUGAUAGAAUUCGCUCAAAUGGAGCCCCCAAAUCACGAGAUGUCACCCAUGCGAGUCCUCCUGAAGAUCCAAAAGAGCGAUCCACCAAAACUAGAGCAUCCAGGUAAAUGGAGCAAAGAUUUCAACGAUUUCAUAGCCAAAGCCCUCAUCAAAGAUCCCACGGCCCGACCAACAGCUGACGAACUACUGAAGCAUCCCUUCAUAAAUCGCACACUCGAUUCAAAGUCCAUUAGAGAUCUUCUGCUGGAGUACAAGGCGGACGUUGUCGAAGAGGAGCUCGUCGACGAGGAGGCUGAAGAGCAGCGCACGUCGCAGCUGCCCCUGGAGCUGGACCAACUCGGAGAUGACUCUACAUCUAUGCGCAGCGACACUGAAAUCAGAAUUCCAGAUAAGGAUGCCGUGUCGCCCGAUCAGCCCAAGAAGGAGGAGAGCAACAAGCGUGAGAUCAAUCGUGAGGGCGAGAAGGAGGAGAAGAACAAGAAACUGAGGAAGACGGAUUCUAGGGAGAAUAUUCCACUGUCUGUCGAGAAGAAACCUGCCCCUAAACCUCCUUCAUCGAGCGAUACAAACGAGCGUCGUGGCUCUCGCGAGAAGGGUCCAGCCCCACCGCCCCCAGCUGUUCGUCAGAACAGCAAAAAUGAAGAGGGAGAAGUCACUCCGAAGCCUGCUGAGAAGCCCAGUGCCAUGGAAAUUGUGCCCUCGCCCUCACCCAAGGACGAGGAGCCCCCGGAGAAGCCUCAGACGUCUGAGAACCACACCAAUGCCACACCCUUGCCUCCGAGUCAUAAAAAAUUACCUGAAAAAGCACAGGAUGAUGGCAAGGACAUUAAGGAGGCUGUGGUGCUCCCUGAGAAGGAGAACGUACCGAUCAGACCGAAAUCCACUGACGUCAACAAGAUUCUCAAGAAUCAGAUGAGCUUGGAGGAGAAGAGGAAGUCUGCCCCACCAAAACCGGAAGCCAGUGAGGAGAAAAAGUCAAGUUACAGUAAGCAGAGCUCCCUGGAGGAAAAAAGAGGAAGCAUCCAAGAUCACCCUCGCGACAAGCAGCCCCCGCAAGCCCUGCAAUCCCUGGAGGCAAAGCGUCGCUCAGUCGAGGAAAAGCUCAACGCAGUCCUGGAGAAGCGAAUCUCCAUGGGUCCAGACAAAUACCCAGACCCCAAGAAGCCCCCAGAGAAGCCCCUGAAGUCCCUCUCCACCGAGAACAUCCAAACCGACUACACCAAGACUGAAAUAACAAAAAGCAGAAGUAUCGACUCUUCACGAGACGAGUUUUCCCAACUGCACCAGAGCAAAUCAUCCACCAAGGACACAGUGGAUCGAAGCUCGACAGAUCCAGUCCUGAACGUCUCAGUGAUAACCUCCACUCCCCUCCGAAGUCGCAGUAAAUCACGUGAAAACGACGUUGUCGUGAUAACAAAAUCCCCAGAGGUGGAUCAGCGUUCGUCCUCAACAACAGUGAGAAUAACCUCGGACUCCCCCGACCCAUCAAACAGUCUUGCCUCGAAUAUAAGCCAGGUGACAGUGGUGACGACUCACCCACCAGUCCUCGUAGACGCUGCCUCGACCCCGCCCCCACGACGAACCUCACCCACCUCAGAAGUCGUAAUUGUCGCCAAUGAGACCAACAAAACCCAGGUAAACGAGUCGUCAACAGACGACGAUGGCUUCACAAGUCUCGACUCCCUGGAGUACACACCCCAGGAGCAGCCAAUAGUCAUCACAGACACGCCAAAGUGCAUUGGUAAGAAGCUGGACGAGUCUGAAGUGGUAAUUGUCACACCAAUAGUCGAUGAGCUUGCUGACACUAGUCACGUGUCAGUGGUGACUGUUGGUGAUGAGCAGGAGCAGGUGAAGGACUCGUCAGUGAUGGGCAAAAGAAAUGUGAGAUCAUCCUCCCAGAGUGACAGUGGUGAUGAGACAAAGAUGAUUGUUAAGGGAACAACUGUGGAGGCAACAGACGUUGACGAUGUACUCGUCAGCAAGAGGAUGAAUGGACAGGUGAGGAGGGCAGACCAGAAGGUCAAGGAGACAAAGAAGGAGAAGAGAGUGUCGCCAGACAGUUACGAGGGGUCGAGAUCCCACAGUGACUCGGGCUCCACGAGGUCCCACACACCCAACAAGAGCAUCGACAGGUCUGACGCUGAGUCAAUAUCAACGACAAUCAGCCAGGACAGCAGGGGCUCCAACAAGGAGAACCACGUGGGCAGGGAUUCACGACAGACUGCUGAGGUGGAUGACGAGGUUGUCUUGAGAAGGAAGCCCGAUUACACGAGGGAAGUGCCAAGGACACAUCGCACGAAGGAGGACAUUCAGAUAAUGAAUCUGAAGAAGAAGACGAGAAAGAGAACGAGGAAGUUUGAGAUUGAUGGGGUUGUGGUGACAACGACAACGUCGAAGGUGAUUUAUGGGGACGAUGAGAAUGGCCGUGUGUACGAUGAUCAGAUAUUCAGGAAGCAGGAGUUGAGGGAGUUGAAGAUGCUGCAGAAGAUGGAGCAGAAGCAGUUUCAGGAUUUAACGCAGAAGGCGCAGUUUAUGAAGGAUCAGCAGGAGAAGAGGUUUGAGCAGGAGCGUCAGACGCUGGAGAGAACAGCUGAGAGUGAUCUUGAUGGGCUUGGGAGACAGCAGAGACAGCAGAUUGAGAAGGCUGAGGGACAGCAGGAGGCUGAUUUGAGAUUGGCUUCCAAGAAGAUCAGGGGCGAACAGGAGAGGGAGCUCAAGCAGUUCAGGGAGGGGUUGAAGCAGGAGUUGAGACUGCUGAAGCAGGAGGUGGAUCUCAUGCCCAAGGAGAAGCGAAAGAGUGCGUUUAAGGUGAGGAAGGAGAAGCUCGAGGGGGAGCACGAGGACAGGGAGAAACUUUUUAUGGAGAAGUUGAAUGAGAAUCACGAGACUUCGUUGAGAAGACUCUCUGAUUCUCACAGGGAGAAAAUUGCCCUGAUCGAGAGACAGUUCCUUCAGCAGAAGCAGCAGUUGAUGAGGGCCAGGGAGUCGGCUAUUUGGGAGCAGGAGGAGAGGCAGAUACAUGAGAGACAGCAGUUGCUCAAGAGACAACUCAAGGAUAUAUUCUUCCUUCAGAGACAUCAGAUGCUCAUCAGGCAUGAGAAGGAGUUGGAGCAGAUGAAGAGGAUGAAUCUGAGGAAGGAGGAGGAACUCAUCAAGAGGCAGACUGUUGAGAGGAGAAAUUUACCCAAGAGGAUAAGGAAUGAGAUGAAGGCGAGGGAGGCCAUGUUCAGGGAGUCUAUGAGGAUCUCCACAAUGAAUGUUCUCAUUUCUGCUCCUGAUGCUGAGAGGGAGAAACUCAAGAAGUUUCAGGAGGACGAGAAGAAGAGGUACAGGGCUGAACAGCAGAGGUUUGAGCUCAAGCACAGCAGGCAGUUGGAGGAGGUGAGGGCUCAGAGUGAUGCCACUAUCAAGGAGCUGGAGCAGUUGCAGAAUGAGAAGAGGAAGAUGCUUAUGGAGUAUGAGACUAUGAAGCUUAAGGAGCAGGAGGAGGCUUAUGGAAAGGAGCUGAGGGAGUGGAAGGCUCAUUUGAAGCCUCGUAAGCAGCGAUUGGAGGAGCAAUUUGCUCAACAGCUGGAGGAGCAAGAAGCGAUAUUUGGCCCGAGCGCAAUGCCCCUGUGCCUGCCCUCGGAUCUUCCAGAUUUGACUCAUCACACCGCUGGCUCAACAAGAAGUUCCCUCUCCUCAGACUCACUCCAAUCAACGUCACGUCGUUCCUCCCUGCAUCAAAGAUUUUUCCUUUGAUGAAACAUUUAUAGUAAUCCCCCCCCCCCUGAGGACCGAGUGAUGUUUUGGACUCAUCCAAUGAUUAUUUCGUUUGUAACUGCUGUCGAGCAUCUCCUCAGCAGAAUUUAUUUGUAUAGAUGUUGUUUCAUGGGAGCGUUAGGUAGAAUUCGUGGGGUAAGAAUCAAUUAUUAACCGGGAAAGUAUAUUUGUACAAAAUACAAAAAAAAAAUCAUACGUUGGAAAUCCGCCCAAUUCAGUGUUUAAUGACCUUUGUAGUUUAGAGAUUAUUGAGGCAUGUACUUUAUACAUACUAUGCAACAUCGAAUACAAUUUCGUUGGAAUUGAUCUGCAAACCUGUCCAUUUUUAUAUUUAAAAUUCAAUUUGUACGAAAUGUGCAUAUGAACAAUUGAUAUAUUAUCAAAAUGAAAUUGUGCUGUGGGAGAAAUUCAUGAACUUGAUUUGAUUUAUUAAAAUUACUGUGACAUCGAGGGGGUAAUUACGAAGAAGAAUUUUGUUUGCGUGUACCCCUUAAUCAAUUUUUUGAGCCUGUAAAUAUUUUGAUGAAUUCAAAAAGAUUGCAUUGAGAUUUCCAGAUUUGGGAAAAGAAAAAAAAUCGAGGUGAAAUUCUGAUAUUUCAUGAAUAUUUUCACAGGAUUUGUCAUCAUCCCGUCAAUCCAAUCCAAAGUUCAAAACAGCACAUUUCAAAAAUAAAAAAAAUUAAGCAGAAUUGAAAAUAAAUUCAAGACAUCGUAAAUCGCAUAUAUAUUUUACUAAAAAUAUCGCCACAUAAUUCAUGGAAUCAUAACCCAAUUACCUAGAAUCUCUUGUGUAUAGAAAUUGGAUGGAAAAGAAAUCGUGAUUACUGCUCUUCCAUAAUAACAUACGUAUUCUUUUCUCUCCUGACGUAUUCUGUAGGAAUAACGAGAAAUUUUUUUUGUAAAUAACCGACUAAUUUAACGGAUUUUCUCGAGUCCAAUGUUUUUUGAAUUUAUGUUAAUCCUUUGAUUUGAGAAGUGUGGGGAGAGUGGGACUGAUAAAGUGCUGGUUUGGUGUUAACCGCUGUUCUUCCAUCCUGUUUUUCAAGGAUUAUGUUUUUCUUAUACAUUUCCGUUAACGAAUAAUGGGACAGAGGAAAUGGGUGAGAAAUGUUUUUCUGUGGUGACUUUUUUUUAUGGUCACUGCAUGGCAUUAACGAGAAAUUAUAACGAUAGACCAAAAAUAGUGGCAUACUUCAGCACCGAUGCGAAUUAAUUUUUUGACACGUUUGGUGUUUUGUAUUGAAUCUAAUCCUUAUCUUGAAAAAUUGUAAUUGCCAGAGUCUAAUCAGACGAUUUGCAUACCGGAUUGGAUUGAAUUAUGAGGUACUGUACCAAUUACACAUUGUGCGAUCUCAAUUCCACAUUGUACACAUCAAACUUGUAGACAUUUAAUUUAUUGUUCCCAAUUCAAAAUGUAUAAUUCAAGUUUUUUUUUACUGUCAAAAUAUAUGAAAUGCAGACACGAAUUGGUGGAUUUUAUUGCACACAAAAAAUUGCACAUUCACAAGUUUGAAUUAUACAAUGUGGAAUUCAGAUUGCACAAUGUGUCAUUGAAUCGGCACAUUUCAAUUUAGUGGAAUUCAAUAUAUACAUCGUGUAAUUAGAAUGGGAUUACAAUUUCUGCAGACAAGGUCUUGAGGGGUUUAAUCUGUAAAAAAAAUGAUGACAUUGAUUCGAAAUGUUUAUGGGACGUUCAUCCUAGUUGUUAGAUUAUGUAUGAAUUUUUUAAGAAUUAUUCCAGAUUACGUCUCCAAGUUAUUAACAUUCACAGUAAUUUCUUUAAACAAUUCUAAAAAAUUCAACUACAAUCCAAUUGCCACUAUAAACAUUCUCUGUAAAUUUCAGAUGAACGCCAUCAUUUUCUCCGGACAAAAAUGAAUAAAACAAUCAAUAAGAAAUGAAGUUUCUAACACUCGAAUCACGUUACCUCUGCAACAGAAACUAAUUCAAAGUUGAACUUCAUUCCAUUGAAUUUUCUGUAUUAAUCCACUAAUUCGAAUCGUUCUCGUCAUAAUUCUUCCCCUUACUGUAGAUUUAACACUUUGUUUUGUAUAUUUAUAUCCUCGAAUGGAACUGUUAACGCAUUGAUGUUAUUUCUUCUAUCUAAAAUUUCAAAAUUGAACCGACAAAGAAUAUCUGUUGAACAUCAUGAAUCUUUCACCGAUAACAAACCAGAAAGAUGCAUUAUGCUGAUUCAAUAAAUCCCAAUGACGCCUGAGGUCAUUGAUUAACAAUAUUUCUUCAAUUGUUGCUCUUGUACAUAAAUAAUAUUCAUCCGAUGUACAGCAGGAAAUUUUGUAAAGGACUUAGUUAAGCAGUUGUGCUUAUUUAAUCACUUCUCCUGCUGUAUUUCGCCAAGACGAAUGAACAAAUUCUUUCGAAAAUUUAGUUCAUCUGUCUUUGCAUACUACGUUCAGCACAACGAUGUACCAUGUUAUGACUACAGUGCUGCUGAGCAAUGCAUAAAUAAUGUGGAAGUGUGAAAAUGGAGAGAAUGAGAUUGAAAUGAUAAAAAGACAAAUUUCUUUGGUUCUCUCCAAAAUAAAAAUGAGAUUCGAGGGAUGAGUAGAGGAUAAUUGAGUGGAAACCGUAAAAAAUGUAACAUAGAAUGAUAAAGAAUUAUAAUAACUUGCUCAGAACUGGA